AUGGCUGCACCCACGCCGGAGCAGAUGCAAGCGGUGCUGGAGGAGAAGGCGCGCAAGUGGCAGCAGCUGAACAGCCGCCGCUAUGCGGACAAGCGCCAGUUCGGUUACGUGCAGGCGCAGAAGGAUGACAUGCCGCCGGAGCACGUCCGCAAGGUCAUCCGCGACCACGGCGACAUGAGCAGCCGCAAGUUCCGCCACGACAAGCGCGUCUACCUGGGGGCGCUCAAGUACGUGCCCCACGCGGUGUACAAGCUGCUGGAGAACAUGCCCAUGCCCUGGGAGCAGGUGCGGCACCUGAAGGUGAUCUACCAUAUCACGGGCGCCAUCACCUUUGUGAACGAGGUCCCCUGGGUGAUCGAGCCCGUCUACAUGGCGCAGUGGGGCACGAUGUGGAUCAUGAUGCGGCGCGAGAAGCGCGACCGCCGCCACUUCAAGCGCAUGCGGUUCCCGCCGUUUGACGACGAGGAGCCGCCGUUGGACUAUGCGGACAACAUCCUGGACGUGGACCCCCUGGAGGCCAUAGAGAUGGAGCUGGAGGAGGAGGAGGACGGCCCCGUGGUGGAGUGGUUCUACGACCACCAGCCUCUCAAGUACACCAAGUUCGUGAACGGGCCCUCGUACCGGCGCUGGAAGCUGCCGCUGCCCGUCAUGAGCGUGCUGUACAGGCUGGCGGGGCAGCUGCUGUCUGACUUUGCGGACCGCAACUACUUCUACCUCUUCGACGACGCGUCCUUCGUGACCGCCAAGUCGCUCAACAUGGCCAUCCCUGGGGGGCCCAAGUUUGAGCCGAUGUUCAGGGACAUGGACACGCGGGACGAGGACUGGAACGAGUUCAACGACAUCAACAAGCUCAUCAUCAG